UCACAUAGGGGUCAUUUACUUUAAACGUGUGUCUCUUUGAACUUUGGGUAGUGAGCUUAUAUUGGAAUUGAUUAGGUAUUAGUUGUCAUUUAGGUUGAAUUUUUGAGGCUAAUUAGCUAGGUAUUUUCUAGUUGGAAAAUGUCUGGACCAGAGUUACUCCUGGAUUCUAAUAUCCGAAUGUGGGUCGUCGUACCCAUAGUGUUCAUUACAUUCUUUGUUGGAGUCAUUCGGCACUACGUUACUCAACUCCUUCAUAGCGACAAGACGGUAGAAGUCGAACAGGUGUCUGACAGUCAAGUCUUACUAAGGAGCCGGAUAUUGAGGGAAAAUGGAAAAUACCUUCCGAAACAGUCAUUUGCCAUGCGCAAACACUACUUUAAUAAUACAGAAACUGGAUUCUUCAAGAAAGUUAAGAGGAAGGUCGUUCCUAAAAACCCAAUGACUGAUACUGGCAUGGUGACCGACAUGAUGAAAGGAAACCUGACAAAUGUGCUUCCCAUGAUUUUAAUCGGUGGAUGGAUAAAUUGGGCCUUUUCUGGCUUUGUCACUACUAAGGUUCCCUUCCCACUGACUUUGAGAUUUAAGCCCAUGCUCCAACGAGGAAUUGAGCUACUUUCCCUUGAUGCAUCCUGGGUGAGUUCGGCCUCUUGGUACUUUCUCAAUGUUUUUGGACUGCGCAGUAUGUAUACCCUUAUCCUGGGACAAGACAAUGCUGCCGAUCAGUCACGGAUUAUGCAGGAUCAGAUGACAGGGGCUGCAAUGGCAAUGCCGCCCGAUCCCAACAAGGCCUUCAAGAGUGAAUGGGAAGCACUGGAGAUUGUUGAGCAUCGGUGGGCCCUGGAGAAUGUUGAGGAUGAGCUCAUGUCUCGGGACCUCAAUUUUGGUGGAUUCUUCAGACGGGAGCUCAAAGGCGCUAUGUUUUGAUAGAAAAACACGAGAAAAGGCUGCAUUACCACCAGUGAAAUAACGGGACGCAACCCAACUCUCCCUGUUAUGUGCACUCUACGUUUCUCAACUUUUUGGACUUUUUACUGAUCUUCCAGUUGUCAAGUCUUGUUUUUAACUGUAAAUGUGCAUCAGAUUUACCUCACUCUCCCUUUAACCUUGUGUCAUUUUGGAUUAAAAAUAAAAAACGUGUUUUAAUUUACAGCAAUUCACUCCAUUCUCUUUAGUGCUAAUGCCUUGCAGUGUUCAAUGACUUGUAUUUAGUUUAGGCAUAUUGACCUUGCUUCCUUAUCCUAGUGCUGUAUUCAAUCUGGUCUCCAUUGAGAUGCCUAUGCACUAUGUGCACAUGUACACUUUGUAUGUUUGCUGUAAUUCUGAAUUUGUCAAUUCAAGGACUCACUUUAGAGGACAGUAGUUGGUGCAGACUUGCCAAUAUAAGCAAACUCGCUUAUAUUGCUAGUUAACACAAUUUUGUGCCUUAUGAUUUGCUUAUGACUUUUAACCAUAGUUUCUGGUGCUGGCUUUUGGCUGAUUAGAUUUGAUGAGCUGUUGAAUGAAAAACAAUCUGUAUUUCACCCGGUAAUCUCUGGGAUAUGUGUGAUAUGUUGUUGAAUGUACAUUUGUACUAAUGGGUUACAAGACAAAGGUUGUUUAUUCAAUAUUUCUAACAUCUACCGCUAGUACAGGGGUCUCCAACCCUGGUCCUGGUGAGCUACUGGGUCUGCUGGUUUUUGUUGUUACUCUGGAGACCACUGCUCUAGUAUAUUUGAGGAUUUCUUAGUGAAACAAAUUGAUUUCAGUUGAUUGUUCUCAAUCAUAACAGUUCAUUGACCUACUAAGCCAAAUUAUUGUAUCAAGCAGAGUACUGACUUCAGGUAACCAUUUUUAUUUAGAAAUACUACGUUAGAAAUAAGUUGAACAAACUCCCUUUCAUAUACUCUAUUUUCAUUUACAACCCAGGUCAGAAUACAGUUGACCCAAGUAAGCUGAGACUCGGGCUUUAACAUGCAUAUAAACUGGAUCAGGGGUGAAAGGCUCCCAAAGUAAAAUUUAAAUAAAGGUUGUACAGUAUGUUGUACGCUUCACUGAAUGCCAAAUAUUUAGGUUACCUCAAUUUCUCGAGACUUCAUAAAAUAAUCAUCUCCUCUGUUUGACUUUUAGGGGGAGGCGUAUUCUUCAUUUGAAUGAGGUGUAAAAUAUAAACAUAAUGUAAAAGCACUGGUACAAAAUGCUUUCUGCAUGUAAUUGCAGCAGUUUAUUUAAAGAAUAAAUAUUGAUUUAAUUUGCUUGUCUGAAUGCCUGUUGAGAUUUUGAAAUAAAGGAAGUAUUUAUUGAA